AUGUCUUCAAACAAUACCCUUCCUCGCGGUGCCCUCGCUAACCCACACUAUCCCCCUCCUGAUAUUCCCUACGAGGAGAUGAACCUAAUGGAGAAAAUUUACGCUGCCCAGUAUGCCGAUCUUAAGAGAGAAGAAGCGAUUCGACGAAAUAGAGAGGAUAUGGAAAUCUGGAAGGGACUCGAACUUGAGAAAGUACAGCUUCGCGAGAAGACGCAGCAUCUUCGUAGAAAAAGUAGUCACAUUGAGGACUGGGGCGAUGAUGACGACUUUAUGAUCGAUAAUGAUGACCUCACUUUCAGAAGCAAUUCUACCUCUGCGAACCCACAAUCUCAUCAUCGCGACAGCCAUUCUUCCUUCCGAUCUGAUCGUGAGUCCCUACCUGGAAACGACGAACGACACAAAUCAACAAUGGACGCGAUUGCUGCAGCAACUCAUGCAGGCAUACCGAUUCCCUCAAAUACGCCACUGUCUGCCUUAAUGGGAGGCACCAUCAAGCGACUAGGGGGAAGAAAGAUGAAGAAGAUUUUCCAGGAAGACUACGGCGAUGAUUUAGAGCUUCCUCUUGCCGGCCCGCUCCGCCUGCAACCCCAGGAUAGCAAAAAAUACCCCGAGUCACUUAGACAGGUCAGCGCAUCUUGGAACGCUAGUCCAGAAAAACGAGACGCUCCCACCAUUGCUCGAGAAAUAUCUCAAGGGCAAAUACUGCCGAAGCAGUUAGCGGCACCCAUCAACCUAGACAAGUUCCGAGAUACGGACGACGACGACGACGACGUGUUUGGUGAUGGAGCUGCGACCAUCAAAGCGUCUAAACUACGACCGCAAUCUAGACCUGUAUCUUUAAUCACCCCGCCCACACCCUCCCCUCAAAAGAAGAGGGGCGAAGACGAAUUUGAGGGCGACUUGGAACUCCCAUCAGAUGGCCUACUAAAGCUCUCUAGAAGAAUGGAUAUCCCUAAGACCCCAGCCUUAAGCGCGAGUGACGACUUCGACUGGGGUGAGGGUAGUUUAGGAACCCGAUUUGGUGGUACGAAACGCGACGCAUUUUCGACUCGUAGUUCGUCUGUAUCAGCCCUUAGUCCGAGUCUUGCUAGCUCUAUCACUGCUGAGAGCGAAGACGAGAUCUUUGACGGUCUAACGAUACCGAAUGGUCCUUUGGACCUAGGUGAGCGAUUGAAACGACGAAAGCAAGACCCAUCCCCUGAGAGACAACCCGAGCAGUUCAUGUUAGAUAAGCAACACCCCUCACCUAAGAGCACAGCCAAGCCUGUGAUAGAUAGCGAGGACCCCUUGGAUGGUCUUGACUUUGGCGAUGGCGACGUAUUCCAAACUGGCAAGCCGUCGCUACAUCGCAACGUAAAGGUGAAGGAGGCUCGACCAAUCAGUCCUGUGCGACCAAAGACGGCAGUUUCCGUAACAUUUACCAACAAGCCGACUACUUCAACGCCUGCUUCUCGUCUUCCUCGACCUAUGGGCAGUCAUGAGCGUACACAAACCCAGCCUUCACUGGAACCAGUGUCCGAAAGUGGUGGGCCCAUACCUCCGAGGCCAUCCCGAAGAUCUCAAUCACGUCUUGGCCAUUCUGCACAAUCUUCUAUAUCGAGUGUUCACACGCCUACUACUCCUUCAUCAGUUCAAUCGCUUCAAUUUUCCACGCCACGGAGAAGAGAAUUGAACCAAAAAGCGUCGACGGGAGCGUUGCGCAACGAACCCACUACCACCAGCGCACAAUUACUAAGAUUAAAGCGCUCUCUACCAGCUAUGCGCCAUACUCCAGGCGCCGCGAAAUCAACAGCCUCGCGGUUUGACCGUCCACCCUCUCGCACCGAUUCACGUGCCGAAUCUAACAGGCCCCAAUCUUCUUUACGACCCAAGACCCCAGUUGACCGCGCCCGCCCUGUUUAUGAGAGCAGCGCAGCACAGGCGAGAAGACUCCCUUUCUUACCUGCCGGUGCAUCUCAAUCGCAAUCUCAACAUGUGAGUACUAAGGCUACACAAGCCCCUCGACCCUUCCGUCGUCACGAUUCCGAUCAGGGUCCAGAACUUCGACCUCUAUCACGCACCGUCUCUCGUACUGCCGCUAGAUCACCUAGCCCAAGGAGAACGCGUAACGGGGGGAUGGCUGCCGAACCUGUGUGGCAACAGAUCAACAAGCCGCGUCGCGUACGUCGCUUUGGCGACGGCCAUGAACUUGACUCAUUUGAUGAUCUCCCAACAUCGGCACAAGCUGAAUCUAAAUAUGUCAAACAACCAAUCGGAAGCGGGAACAGGACAAAUAUUCGAAACAAGCUCUAUCAAAACGUCUUACCGGAUCGAAAUACUCCCAGUCCUGUGUCUCCUUUUUCACCCGCCAAAAUAGAUUCUCAACCUCGUUUUGCCCGAGAUACGGCCGCCAGCCGCAUUGCUAGGGAGACGAUUCUUGCGCAACGAGCACCCGCUUCUGGUCCCCUAGCUCCCGUCGCCAAUCAGCGAGUCGCCCAGUUAUCCGCUAGGACGAAUUUUCCACUACACGGUCAUAAUUCACCCCGGCUCAAGAAGUCUCAAAAGACGCCACAACUUAAACCACAUUUGAUCUCCAAUCUUAAUUCAGCGAAGGAGACUAAAGUCGUUAAUGGAAUGACAUAUAACCCGGCGACAUUCCGCUGGGAAGGAAACGACAACGUACUCAACGCCUUUGAUGUUCCGACUUCAUCACCCAUAACAGCAUCCCUGCCUCCACACGUAACACGUGAAAGAGAAGGCUCAACGUCGAGACCGGUGCUCAUUACCAACAUGACUGCUACUAAGGGUGUCAAGCGGGUUGGCGACAUGGUUUUCGAUCCACAGAACAUGUGCUGGCUGAAAGCAGAUACUACAACUCCUACGACUAGCGACCCUAUGGAGGGUUUUAAUACUCUGGACGACGAUGACCCAUUCAAAGACAUUCCCGAUCUCGACGAGAAGGAUAAGGACUCCAUCUCAGGUGGUCAUGGUCGUGGAAGCGACAUUAGGGAUGAUUGGCUAGUAGGCGAGGAAUUCGACGUUGGUCCAGAAUUUAUUAGACGCCAGCACGAAGAAGAGACGCGAUGGCGUCGAAAGUGUGGACCGUGGAAUACUACUGGCACCCACAACCGAACUGACCUAAGAUGGGCACUUCGAAAUAUGAUUAUGGAGCAGUGA